ACAGUUUUCCAUGCCAGUUAUGACGGCAGCCAGCCAAACGGCAACAGCAUUUCCGCAAUGGCAAAGGAACCCAAAGACAAUUAAUUCCAGUGAAGGGAAGAAACGUGCGGAGAACUAAUUAAAAAUCACUACAAAUAUUCAAAAGCUUUAAAUAAUUAACUACAACAACACAAACUCAGACGCAUACACACACACACAACCACAUGAAGGAAAGGAAGUGAAAAAUUCCAUGGCAUCUUUUAGGCGUUGCGUGUAAGAGAUUUCUCGAACAGAUUCGGGAUUGCGUUCUGUGGCUAAAAAGAAGAGUUUUUUUUUGGUGCCAGAACUUGAGUGAGAGCAGCUGCUUAAAUGUAUUUUAGUGAUUGCACUCAACAACAGCCAGCCCCUUGGAGGGCCGGCAAUCCAUGGAGUAUUCAAACACAACGGGUUUGAAUCACAUUGACCAGGAGCGGAAUCGAAAUCGGGAUCGGAAUCGGGAUCGGGAACAGCACCAACAGCAGCAGCAAACCAGACUGCCCGUUGUCAUUGGGAGCUACUUCAAGAUUGAAUCCCCAACUGGAUCGACAUCAUCCGCAGCAGCAGCAGCAGCCACAGCAGCAGCCACAGCCACAGCUUUGGGCAGCCAGCGUUGCCUGAAUACGCCCCCAACCACGCCCAGCAGCCCACUGAGAGAGGCGCCCCAGAGCCCCUCGGACGGCCACAUCUCCUCGCUGAGCUCCCAUUCCGGCUCGGGAUGCAGUGAUAUCCUAUUGGUUUGGAAACCGAUAAGAAAGAGAUCCCUGAACCGAACGAACCUUAAGUAGAACCUCGAGAUCGU